CCCUGAUCUUGACUAUCAGAAGGUUGUUAAGGCAAGCCCAUAAGUGACUAUGAAAUUAAAGUGCGGUUCACAAAGUAUAUUCACACGCGAAAACUUACAAGUGAAAUAAUAAUAAUCGCGGGUUUCAUCGUGUGCACAUAAAUGCGCGACAAGUAGUUUAUUUAAAACUAUUAAUAUGGCUAUGUGCAGCAUGUUAUUAAUGCGGAAGAGUCUAUCGAUAAACGGUUUUAGAAGUUUAUGGACGAGUAGGGUAUUGCUCACAGGACAAACUGAAAAUGCUACCACACAGCAAUCGGGUCAGGAUCAGAACAAAGAAAGUGAUGAGGACUAUGAAAAGAAUAUCAAGUCAAAAAUUCUUAGCGCAUCUUUACAAUUUGUACAUGAUCUUGGAUGGAGCCAGCAAGCCAUCAGUGCUGGUAAUUUUUAAUAAUUUUUCAUUGUAUACUAAAGGUGCCGAGUCUAUUGGAUAUCCUGGUGUAAUUCAUGGACUAUUUCCCAAUCGAGGAGCAGAUUUGGUUCAAUACUUUUAUCUAACAUGUAACAACGAACUGAAUAAAGUUCUUAAGGAACAAGCUCGUGUUACUGAAGACAAUCCUACUAAAGAAAAAAAGACAUUGGAAACUCAAUUACAAGAUGCCGUAAAGAUAAGACUCAAAAUGGUGAUUCCAUACAAGAAAACUUGGCCUCAAGCUUUAGCUCUUAUGACACUUCCUCCUAAUGUUCCAAAAUCAUUGGCUAAUUUACUUACUUUAGUCGAUGAUAUUUGUUAUUAUUCUGGUGAUAGAUCAGUUGAUAUUAAUUGGUAUACUAGACGAAUAGUACUAGCAGGUAUUUAUAAGACCACCGAAUUGUACAUGCUACAAGACAAUAGUGAAGACAACAAACAAACUUGGAAUUUCUUGGAAAGACGAAUAAAAGAAGCAAUGCAAAUUCAAUCUAUUCUUACAACAACUUCUGACAUGGCUUUACCAGAACAAGCUCUGAAUCGUGCUACCGAAGCAGCCAGUGCUGCUUUUAUUACAGCACGUAAUAUACUUGGACUGAAUUGGAAUAGGUAAAUCAAUGUUAAGAUACAAACAGAGUAAAUCAGGAAAAAAUCAAUGAAAGUAUUUUUUUCUGAAUGUAUUUACCAAAAAGUAGAUAAAUAUUUCAGAAAUGUUAUGUACGUAUUUUACUUUGUAAUGUAGUAAUGUUUAAGAAGAAACACGAUUUUAUGUUGAAUUAGUAAUUAUAGCUAAUUUAUUUUAGCAAUAUUUUUAAGAUCUGUACAUUUAAAGUCAAAUUUAAUAAAUCUGAGCUAUUUUCAUGCAA